AUGCCUCGAACUUCAGACAGCACAGCGCCGGGGGACUUCCCCCACGCUACAGAUUUUGCCGUGUCCUCGCCCACUCUCGAGAACGGCGUGACCGCGCCCGGCGCUGCGACUAUCCCCAGGGCUUCGCGAGAGCGAGACCAGCACCGUGUGCGAAUCGACACGCAGAUUCCACCUCAAACCGCGAGCUCGCGAUUGUCGCCUCGCAAUGCUAUGCCGCCCAGUCCCAUCAUGAGAGGCCCGACGCGAUCCGAUACAGAACUGUCGCGUAUGAGCGUCAGAAGACGUAAUCGCUCCAACACUUUCAAGACCAUCAAGGAAUACGACCUCGACGAGUUCGCCGAGCCGGGAUGGCACCCGGGUGCCGAGCCUGGUGUUGAUACCUCGAAGACGACGGGUGGUCAUGUCAUGGGACUGCAUGCGGAAUGCCAGGUCACCAUCGUAGACUUUAGCCAGGACGACAUUGCAAUCCACGAGCUGGACAACAACCAGCUGGUCGACUUCUUGGACAAACCACAGCCUGACUGGGUCAAGUGCCGCUGGAUCAACGUCAACGGCUUGAGCUGGGAUGUCAUACAGGCGCUUGGAAACUACAAAAACUUGCAUAGACUGGCUGUCGAGGACAUUAUGAACACAAGGAAUCGAACCAAGGUCGAUUGGUAUCAACACCAUGCAUUUCUGAUCUUUACCUGCCAGAAAUUGGUGCGCAUGAUCGACCCAGAUAGCAGUGAUGAGGAGGACGACGACGACGACAUGUUCGAUGUGCGCAGCUACAAGAGUCGAAGUUCCAAAAAGGGACUCAAGAAAAAAGUAAAAAGAUGGUGGUCAUCUCCCAGCAAGGCGAAAGACUUUGCUGCUGCUUCUGGGGUCGGCGGGCUGGAGAGGGGAGACAGCAUGCCACCCAUCAAUGAUGUUCUAGAUCAUCAGGCGACCGGUCUGUCCGACGUUUUCAAUCCCAGCACUCUCCGUACGUUGCAGCGGUAUCGAGCUUCCUCCAAUGAAGCCCGAAAUGCCUUCAUGGAGAAGCAUAGUGCGCUCGCUCCCAGAGGCCUGGCAGUUGCGGCGGAGCAAGUCGCCAUGUUCAUAACGUCAGACAACACCAUCAUUGCUUUCUUCGAGCAGUCGGCCGACGACGUGGAAAAGCCAAUACUCACGAGACUCGCUAGCCCCGAGACGAUACUGCGACAGUCAUGCGACGCAUCGAUGGUAGGUCAAGCCAUCAUUGAUGCCAUCAUCGAUAUGGCCAUACCCGUGGCCUCUUGUUAUGCCGACGUUGUCGCGGACCUGGAACUUGAUGUUCUGCUGCAUCCCAGCAUAAAGCAGACACGUAGUCUGUACAUCAUACAGUCGGAAAUCACCAAGAUGGCUGGGUUGAUCAACCCGAUUGCAUCUGUCAUCACUGCAAUGCGCGACCACAAGACCUUGUUAUCUCAACAGAGUGCAGAGAGGAAAUUGCAAGAUCCGAACGGAGGAGUUAUCAUCACCCCUAUGACCCACACAUAUCUUGGAGACGUGUACGAUCACUGUGUACUCAUCGGAGAGAACUUGACUAACAUCAGGAGAUCCGCUGAUGGGAUGAUCGAUCUCAUCUUCAACACUAUCUCGGCGUACCAGAACGAAAGCAUGAAGCAGCUGACAGUCAUUACGAUCAUUUUCUUACCACUGACUUUCGUGUCCGGUUAUUUCGGUCAGAACUUUGUCGAGUUUGAUGCCAUUCAGGGCAGCGUAAUUCUGUUUUGGGAAAUUGCUAUUCCAGUAACAGUUGGAAUACUUGUUUUUCUCAUGAGGGACUCUAUCUGGAACUACAUAACGUCUUUCCAUACGCGCCGGCAAAUCUGGAGCGUGCGCAAGAGAAGGAGAGAGCGAGUCGAUAGAGCGAAGGCGCAACGGAAGCUAGGCUCAGCAAGAUCUUUUUAG